AGAGCCAAUGAACAAGUCUAUCAAAACUCUACAGAAGCUGAGUCCCCACCUAGUCGAGUCAAGACCAUUUUACUCUCCAGUUAUUACCAGAGCGCUUGGAAAGAAGCUUUUAGCUUCCAAAAUCGACCUUAGAAAAAGGAGGACCUUCAAACUUCAACGUUACGUGGAUUACAGAACAAGAACAUUGACGUUGACGUUGCUAAUCCUUCUGCUACAAACAGGCCUAGCUUGAUGGAGCGAAGAGCCACAAGCAUAUACUUAUGAGGUACAAAAUAUUUUAAAGUUCAUCUAUGAUAUUGUUGUAGGUCUUCCUGUGUUUGAAUAGCUAGUUUGAUGGAACACCCAAGUCACACGUAUUCACUAAGUUCAUAGAGCAAUAUUCUAGUGUGCAGCUUCUCUAAUCAAGUUUCUUCAUUUCUCUUGGUUGAUACUAACUUAAUACUAUCACGUUUCUAAUAGUAGAUACAACAUCCAUGAGUAGGUGGGGUGGGCUACACAUAUAAAUAUUGUACAUAUAGCAAACUGAAAAGAGAUUGCAAUAUUUUAACAACUAGUCUUUUCUCAUUCAAAACUAUCUUAUAUUACAAAAAAUAGGACCGUAAAGAAUUAAAAAAAAAAACUUUUGAAUCUGAAUCUACAUCUUCUUGGCCUAAUAAGUAAAGAACAAAAAGUCAAGUCUCUUUGUCUUUUCAUUCCCUUAUAAUUGAGCAAACCAGAAACAGAUAAGUCAGUUCCUCAGAAACUGUCCAAUGCCUCAGCUGGAUCGCUCUAGGGUCUCUUCGGCUAAGCUCCUUUCUGUGGUCGUGGACGGCGACUAUUAUGGCCGAUCAUCUGCUGCGGUUCCCUUCAAAUGGGAAUCUCAGCCCGGAACUCCCAUAAGACUUUUCAAACGAUCUUCAGGUUCUGAUUCCGAUUUCAACUCUCCUGUUUCAGCUCCACUCACACCUCCUCCCUCUUACUUCAGCGCUUCUCCUUCCUCUACAAAGCUUAAAAGAGCCAACGUUCGUUCUGGUUCCUUGGUCAACAAGAAUCGUAGCGACCCCUCAUCUCCGGUUGCUUCAUCUUCAUCAUCCUCGUCUUCAACAUCUUCUGUGCCAUCCUCUCCAAUGAGGACGUCGGAUUCGUACGGAAGGAACAGCAGAAGACCAAUGUGGUACGGAUCUAGACAUUAUAAUGCUAAGUCUUCAGGAUGCUACGGUUCCAUCAUCAAGUUGUUUCUAAGAGAUGUCAAGUAAUUAUGUUUUUAAAUCUCUCAAAAAAUAUGUUGGGUUUCUACUCUUUUUUGUAAUCUUGGGAAAUAAUUUUCUGAAACUAAUUGUCCUCAGAUUCAUUUCAUCUCAAUGAAUCUACUGGUUGGGUCAUAAGUCAUAAUCAUAUGCUUUUCAUUAAACUCUGA